GCGAAUCCAGACCACAUGUUCAUAGAUUCAAGAGAAAUCAGAAUCAAAUCUUGCGUGCGUAGUAUACAAUAUAUAUUUGCCAAAAUAAGUACUAGUACUAUUUUUAAAAACUUUAUACUAGUAUCUAAAUUUGUCUUAUCUGAUAGGCUCACAUCCAUUAUAUAUGUAAAAUUAUCAAAUUCAUAGUUUGAUGGUAAUAUAGAAAGAGGUGAAGAAAAUGAAGAUGGAAAGUGCAGUUCCAUUUAUAGGAAUGGUAAUUCAGCAGUUAGCACAAGUUGGAUUGAUGGUGGCAUGUGAAGUAACUUCAGCUGGCCUCACUACCUACACUUUUUUAUUCUACUCAAGUGCCAUUUCAACUCUCAUUCUUAUUCCACUUUCCUUUUUCUUCCAUAGAUCAGCUCUUCCACCUCUUUGGCCAACUUUUAUCCAUGGAUUUUUCUUUCUUGGCAUAAUGGGUUUCCUGAUGCAAAUGCUUACAUUGGUUGGACUUCGAUAUUCCUCUCCACUGCUUUCCACAGCAAUAUUACAACUUGUUCCAGGUUUCACUUUCAUUCUUGCCGUCCUUCUCAGGAUGGAAACCUUCGAGUACAAGAGUUUGAGCACAGUGGCUAAAACUAUUGGGACUUUGGUAUCAAUAAUAGGUGCACUUGUUGCAACUCUAUAUAAAGGUCCUGAUGUUUUGAAUUCAACAUUAACAAGUCUUCCUCAAUUUCUCAACCAACCUUCUAACUGGGUCAUUGGAGGUUUGGUUGCAAUGAUUGGUGCUCUAAUAACUUCCCUACUUAUCAUUUCACAGGCAUUUGUGCUUAAGAAAUACCCAGCAGAGCUGAUUGUAAUGCUAUAUUAUAGCUGUGGUGUUACACUUCUAAGUCUUGCUACAUGUUUAAUUACUCAAAGAGACUUGAGUUCUUGGAUCAUUAACACCCAGCCCGAAAUACUGGCUCUCAUGUACUCGGCCGUGUUUGGAAGUGUAUUCCAACUGAGUAUAAACUCAUGGGUUGUGAAGAGAAGAGGACCUCUCUUUGUAGUCAUGUUUCAUCCACUUGGUAUUGUGUUUGCAAUGGCUGCUAGCUUAUUCAUGGGUGAAACUAUCCAUGUUGGAAGUUUGGUCGGAUCAGCCAUAAUUGUACCUGGAUUUUACUCAGUGAUAUGGGGAAAAGCUAAAGAAUGGGAAAAGAAAAAUAAGAGUUUUGGAUCAAACAACAACAAGAUGUCAUUAUUACAAGACAAAACAAAUGAUCAUGAGGUUAAUCUAUGAAGGCUCAUACUUUUGCUUAUUGGAAGAUUUGUUUUGGUUGCUCAGAUUCCAUCAUGUUGUGCCUCUGCACACUACAAGAUUAAUUUGCAUCUGAAAUGCUAUUUGGGUAUUGUUAUUUAAAUUUUAUGUUAUUCGCCUUGAAACAACUUUAAAUAUGUGACGUCUCAACUUUAUCCAAAAGACCUUUUAACCCAAACAAUCUGUAAUUCAGGCUUACGGCUAGGUGGAUAUUUGUGUAGUAACGAUUUAUCGGAUAGCUUUUAAGUAUUAUUUCUAAUACAAGUUUCUAUUC